UCUGCUUCAACAUAUUUCCACCAGCACACCUGCCUUUUAAAAGAAUCAAUGGAGAAAGCAUCCCAGAAAGAGCGUGAGCGCGACAAGCUCUCGAAAUACCGGUACACAACAGAAAUCCAGCAGAUGAUGUUUGUGUUUGGCGAAGUGCAGGACCCUCUACCUGAAACCACCAUGCUCAUUGAAGACAUUGUGCGCUCGCAAGUGAUCGAAAUCAUUGUUAUGGCGGCGGCACAAGCACAGCGGCGUGGCUCGCGCUUUAUGGCGGCGGAGGACCUGAUAUUCCUGAUCCGCCACGACCGCACCAAAGUGCUACGACUGCGUGAGUACCUGAGUUGGAAAGAUGUGCGCAAAAAGGUGAAGGAGAGGGAAGACGCAGGGGAAGAGCUGAUGGAUGACACGAGCCCAGAUAAGCCGGACCGGGCGGCCAAGGUCAAGGUCAAACUGUCGUGGGAGCUGGCAAACGCGUUUUCCGAGAACAUGGUCGAUGAUGAUGAGGACGAGAAUGACGACGAGAUGGCAGAUGCACGGAGCGACUCGCUGAAGCGGCUGCGGGACGCCGAUGAGGUCACAAAGCAGAUGACAAGGGACGAAUAUGUGCAUUAUUCGGAGUGCAGGCAAGCAUCGUUCACGUUCCGCAAGGGCAAGCGGUUCCGCGACUGGGCCAAUAUGUCGGCGUAUCUGGACACAAAGCUCAACGACGACAUCAUCGACAUUCUGGGGUUCCUGACGUUUGAGAUGGUGUCGACAAUGACGGAGACAGCACUGAAGAUCAAGUAUAGCCUGGACAAGGCCAAGAGCGACGCGCAGGGAGUGAUUAACAACGCGCGGCGGUCAGACAGCGGGGCUAAGCGGCAGCGGACUGGAGAGGGCGAAAAGGUGACGCUGUUUGCAGGUCCACCAACAGCCAGAGCGCCGCUGGAGGCACAGCACGUGCAGGAGGCGUUUCGACGCAUGCAGCGGUCGUCGCAGCCGAUACGCAACUUCAAGGGCGGGCUCACCAGGACCCGGGUGUCGCUGAUUUGAGUGGUUUUGAUGUCUGAGCCGUACCGUUGAAUAAAUGCGCCAUACAC